AAUAUAAUAACAUGUGCAAACUUGAUUUAUUUGUUUUUGGCAUCACUUUCAUCUGAUAGAGCUGCAUUCUGUUCCCCUUUAACAUACUUAAUAUUUCACAGUGCUGCAGCUUCAGGCGUAUCUUUGCGCUGAGGUGGACAUACAGAGCGAUGCAGGUCUACGCUUGUUGCUCAGACAUUCAUUUGUUUCAGUCAUCUGAGGACAGACUGUGUUUUCUCUGCAGUUUUUUUUUUUUUUUUUUAUGAUGCAGCGAGAGGCGUGCCGAGCCGGGCCGGGCCGGACCACGCUCGGCUCAUAGGCUUCAUGUGAUCUUGCAGGGAGGUGUUUGGCUAAAAAAGACUUUUCCCCCCAACAUCCAGCCUGCAGCAUUUGAGAGCUGACCGUGUCUGUCGCCCUCUCACGAAGCUACCGGCUUGCUUCCCUUCCUCCCUCCUGUGCGCUGCAUUUGGGAUAUUUUCUUUCCAUCACUUUGUGCGGCUCAUUCCGGAUAGUGACGCGCUGCAGUUCCGAUCAUGGGAGACGCUCAGUCUGCGCAACGGGAGGACAAGAGGGAUGCAGCAGCUGAGGAGGAGAGCGGAAAAGUGGAUGAUGCUCCGGCUGAGGAGAACAUUGAAGCCAAGCCCCUCAUUAACAACGGGCAGAUCUCUGAGAUCAGUGGAAAAGCAGAUGGCUCUAUAGCAGAAGUUAAUGGUCACUGUGAGGAUAAGAUUGCUGCAGAGGCCAACCUUUCACCAGAUGAAGAUGUUUCAGAAACAGAAAAGCCACUUCAAGAAGAAGAAGAAGAAGAAACACCAUUAGAAAAUGUCGAAAUUAAUGAAAAGGAAUCACCCAAUGAAGCUGACGAUAACGAGGAUGCAGAAAUAAUUGAGAUGGAUGCAAAGCAGAAUGACAUCAAUGAAGGUUUUAAGAGAUUUUUCAGUAACAUUGGUUUGAAAUUGACAGUGAAGAGGGGCAGUGAAACAGCAAAAAAUGUGCAAGAUGAGACCAACAAGGAAGAACCGAACACAGCAGAAGACGUUGAGGAUGCUGCAAAGGACACCAAAAGUGAGAAUGCUGAAGAGAACACUGAUGUGAACAUAGCACAGGAGACUUAUGACAAUGAUUCCACAACAUGUCCCACCCUGACAGACGCUACAUCGGAAGACAUUCAAAAUGCAGAGGAGGAGAAAACAACAGAAAGCCAAGAGAAAGCUGAAUCUGAUAAUGCAGAAGAAGCAGCAACAACUCCUCCACCUGUAGAAGAUGCACACCAUGAUGCCACCGCUGAAGAAGAGCCACAUUCCACAUCUCCAUCUAGUCCUGAAGAAGAGGUGGUUGUAUCUCCGAUUAAAAGAUUUUUUACGACUGGGAUUUUUUCUGGACUACGGAAGAAAAAGAAAGCUGCAGAAGAUGAGACAGCUGAUAAAGAACUGGUAGACAUGGGGAAAAAAGAAGUCAUAGAGACGACGGAACAAGCUGCACAAGACCAACAACAGAAUGAAGAGGAGACGAGUCCAGAGGAUAAAGAAAAUGAACUUAAAGAGGAAAUCCAAUCAGCAUCAGGCCAGAUCACAGAUGAAGGGAAAUCAUCUUCCACAGAUCCGUCAACCAUUAUUAUCAAUGAGCCUGGAAUCCUGAGUUCUCAAGAGAAAGAAAAGGUCCAAGCAAGUCCUCUAAAAAGGCUGCUGUCAGGGUCUAAGAAACGCCCUAAAAAGCAAAGAAGCAGAAGGUCAAGUGAUGCAAAGCUGUCUGACUCUGGAGAACAUGUUCAAGACCAGAUGCCAUCUGCUGAGUCACCUGAGAAUCAGAAAGAAGAAGGUCCUACACAACCCUCUGCAGAUGCAGCUGGAGAGGAGGAUAGUGCAUGGGCUUCCUUCAAAAAACUUAUGACUCCAAAAAAACUCCUGAAGAGAUCUUCCUUGAGCAACGAAGAAACACAAAUAGCAGUUCCAGCAGAAGAACCAAAAGCAAAUGAAGGAGAGCAAGUAUCAGAUCACAGCACAGAAGAAGGCAAAAAAAGAAAAGACUCCUCAGUUUCGUGGGAAGCAGUUUUGUGUGGAUCCGGAAGGAGAAGAAGCCGAAAAACAUCCGACUCCGAGGAUGAAACACCUCAAGCUGAUAAUGAAGGUGGAUCCAAACAUGCUGCAGAAUCGCCACUAGAAAGCUCUAACGAGAAUGAAAUUGUAGCCUCUUCCCCCAAACAAGCAGGAAGUCCUUCAGAGGGUGAUGGAGGGUCGACAUGGAAAUCAUUGAAAAAACUUGUCACCCCAAAAAGGAAAGCCAAAGAUGAGGAUGAAAGCAAAGACAAUAUACAAUCUGAUAGUGAAGUUACUCAAGAUGAGUCUUCCUUUUCAAUAAAGAAACUCCUACCAGGAAGGAAAAAGAGAAAGUCUGUUGAAAAGCAAGACCAGGUAUCUUCAGAUGAGGCUGAUAAAGAUGUAGUUUCAGUUGAGGAAGACUCUGAGACACCAGCUGUGGUUCCAUUGUCUGAGUUUGAUACAGCUGACGCAGAGGUUCACAUACAAACACAGGCUGACAUAGAAAGUCAUAUACCAGAGGAAGAAAACCAUGAACUCCAGAAAGACCUCCUUGAUCAGAUGGCUGAACCAGUUCCACCUUGUGACAGUCUGCAAAUGGAAUCAGAGGAAGUCCAAGACAAUGAUGCUUUAGAAGAACAGGCAUCUGCAGCCCCUGCUACAGAUGAAGAACCUGACGAUCUUACAGAAUCAAUCAGCAAACAUCAACAACUGAGUGACAUUCCAGAGGAGGGAAUAAUCUCCGAAACCAUGGUCACUCCAGCUUCAUUCAAUGAGGAAGCUGCUAGAGACGACACUAUAGCAGAGGACCUGAUAGAGAUCACAUCUGAGGCAAUUACUGCACCAGAGCCAGCCUCAGACAUUACUCUGCCAGAUGAAACUGAGAUGAUCUCUGCCGUUUCCCAGUUAUCUUCAGAGUCUUCAAAAACGUCCGGCAACACUACACCAGUUCCAGCAGAAUAUGAUGUCAUGGAAACAGAUACACUCCUGAACCAGGUUGUUGAAACCAUCUCCAUAACCCCAGAGUCAGUUCCAGUUUUUUCAGAUGAGCAAAUCAAUGAAAGAAUAGCUGGUACUGUCUCGCAUCAAAUACUGGAAACAUUUGUAGAAGAGCAGCCAACAAUUUUGGAAGCACACAGAAGAUCAGAUGCAACUGCAAUUAGAACUGGUCUAAAUGCCGAAGAACUGGAUACAAUUAAUGCACUAACAGCGACUCCCCAAACAGAGAGCAUAUCUGAAGUCAAUGACUCUGUUUCAACAGAGAUUGUAUCUGAAGUUCCUACUGAGGAGUUUGACACUGCUGAAAUUGCUGUAGAUGAAGUAUAUGAGGUUACAUGUUCAGAAGAAGACAUAAAAGAAUUAGAAAGUACUGAUGAAAGCCAACUUCUGGUGGAAGGCCUAUCUGAAGCUGUCACAACAGAUAUACCUGAAGUUGAAGAAACUGUCCCUGGCACAGGCUCUCUAGUUGAGGCACAUCAUGCUGAGACAGAGCCCCCAAAAACUGACUCUCAAGAGGCAGAUACAGCUGCUACACUAACGAUCGAAGACAUGUCAGCAGCCGAAACUGUUACAUCUGAACUCAAAGAGGAAAUGGUGCCUUUAACUGAAGUCAAUGUUGAACCAGAAAAGGAAGACGAGCUAGAAACAGAAGCUGCCAAAACUGAAGAUGAUCAAUUACCAGAAGAAUCAGAAGCUGUGGAAGCCUCCACGUUAGAUUCAGAGGAGAGUAGUGGUCAAUCGCCAAAAGAAGAAGUAAUAUCAGAGGACACUUCACCAGCAGAAACAGUUACAGAUGAACCCAAAGAGACAGCAGAGCAUGUUCAAGAACCAGAAGUAUUAGAAGCUGUUCAAGCACCAACAAUAGAUACAGAAGUGGACAGUGUUCAAUCAGUUGAAAAAGAGGUCAUGUCAGAGGAUGUUCCCGAAGAAGGAACAGUUAUAGAUGAACCCAAAGAGGAAACAAUACCUCUCAAUGAAGUCAGUCUUGAGCCAGUGGAUGCUUCCAAAACUGAAGAUGUUCAAGUACCAGAAGAAUCAGAAGCUGUGGAAGCCUCUACAUUAGAUUCAGAGGAGAGUAGUGUUCAAUCACCAAAAGAAGACGUAAUAUCAGAGGACAUUCCACCAGCAGAAACAGUCACAGAGGAACCCAAAGAGACAGCAGAGCAUGUUCAAGAACCAGAAGUAAUAGAAGCUGUUCAAGAACCCACAAUAGAUUCAGAAGAGGGCAAUGUUCAGUCAGUUGAAAAAGAGGUAAUAUCAGAUGAUGUUCCUGAAGAAGGAACAGUUACAGAUGAACCCAAAGAGGAAACAAUACUUGAAGUCAGUCUUGAGCCAGUGGAUGCUUCCAAAACUGAAGAUGUUCAGAUAUCAGAAACAUCAGAAGCUGUGCAAGCCUCUACAUUAGAUUCAGAGGAGAGUAGUGUUCAAUCACCAAAAGAUGACGUACAGUCAGAGGACAUCCCACAAACAGAAACAGAUAAAGAUGAACCCAAACAGACAGCAGAGGAUGUUGAAGAACCAGAAGUAACAGAGGCUGCUCAAGCACCCACAAUAGAUUCAGAGGAAGGAAAAGAAACAGUAAAGUUAGAGGACAUUGCACCAGCAGAAACAGCUACAGACGAACCCAAACAGACAGCAGAGGAUGUUCAAGAACCAGAAGUAAUAGAAGCUGCUCAGGCACCCAAAGUAGAUUCAGAGGAAGAAAAAGAUACAGUAAAGUCAGAGGACAUUGCACCAGCAGAAACAGCUACAGACGAACCCAAACAGACAGCAGAGCAUGUUCAAGAACCAGAAGUAAUAGAAGCUGCUCAAGCACCCACAGUAGAUUCAGAGGAAGGAAAAGAUACAGUAAAGUCAGAGGACAUUGCAACUGCAGAAACAGCUACAGACGAACCCAAACAGACAGCAGAGCAUGUUCAAGAACCAGAAGUAAUAGAAGCUGUUCGAGCACCCACAGUAGAUUCAGAGGAAGGAAAAGAUACAGUAAAGUCAGAGGACACUGCACCAGCAGACGAACCCAAACAGACAGCAGAGCAUCUCACUGAAGUCAGUGCUGAGACAGAAAACAACCAACUUCCAGUGAAUUCUGUCAAAACAGAACAGGAUCAAGAAUCAGAAGUGUUAGAGGCUUUUCCAGCACCCACAUUACAUUUAGAGGGGGGCAGUGUUCAAUCACUUGAAAAAGAAACAAGACCAGAGGGUAUUCCAGCAGUGGAAACAAUUACAGCUGAACCCCAAAAGGAGGAUGAACCAGUGGAAGCUGCUGAAACUGAUAUUCAAGAAUCAAAAGUAUUACCAUCUGAUGAACUGAAUACAGAAACCAAAACUGUGGAAGAGGUACCAAUGCAGGUAGUCACAGAAAGUACUGAGGGAGGUAGUGCUCAGGAAGACAUUCCGAAACCAGACAACAGCAAUGCAAGUGCUUUAGUUACAGAUGAAACUGCAAGUGAAGUUGUGGCACAACUAGUUCAUGAGAUAACAGAGGACCAGAAAUCUGAGAGUUCCCCACAAGAUGUUACCGUUAAGCAGGAAGACUGCAUCCCUGAAGUUGCUGACGAAUUACCAGCAUUAACAGCAGUUCAUGUUUGCUCUGUUAAUGAGGAAACAAGUAUUGUUACAGACUUAGGAAAGGCUGUCCUUUCUGGAGAAACAUCAGCACCUUGUCUGGACAAUGCUGCAGUUACAGAAGAACCUGAAUUGCAACUCAGUUCAGUGGAAGUCAAUGAGGAACAAGAAAAAGAAGGUGUGCUUCCAGGUACUGAGAUAAAUUCUGCUACAGCUGAGCAUGCUGUAGUGGCACAAGUAGUCGUAUGUAAUAUCAAAGAUGUCCCAGUUGCAAUACCUGAUGUUUUGAUAGAGAAAACAUCAGACGUUACUGAACCCUUGAUAGACACAAUGGCAAGUCAACUAGCUUUCGAAGAGGAAGUCGAGGCUGCUGCCCCAUUAGUGAGGAAUGACGUAGCUCAGACAGCAAAGGAAGGCAGCGUGGUGACGAUGAUGCAUGUGCCAUCGGUAACGUUUGAGGACAAUCACAGAAUUCAAGUGCAGGAGGUUGAUGUUGAUAUAAAAUCAACUGAAACAAUUGUGGACUCAGUUCUAGAGGUAGGGGUAACAGAAAGCAAAGAAGUCAUAGAUGUUUGUCACGAAACAGUUGAAAAGGUAGACAAUCUCUCUGCAACUCCAGAAACCGAAAAAGAACUAUUGCAUGAAGAGAACAAGGUAAACGUUCAAGAAGUUAUUCAACAUGUAAAGGAGAACUUACCAGAGACUGUAUCCGAAUCAGUGCCUGAACAAGAAGUUAUAAUACAGCCAGAUGCUGUGACCGAAGAGACUGAGACUGAGGACAGUACUGCACCGGCUGUCAUCACUGCUGAGUCUGCAAAUGAAAGGCAAGUGUCUGAGGAGAACUUACCGGAGACGGUGCCUGAAAACUUGGAACAAGAAGUUAUAAAAGAGUCAGAUGCUGUGACCAAAGAGACUGAGACUGAGGACAGUAUUGGAGAGACACUCAGGGAGGAACAAGAUGAAGCACCUGCUGUCAUCACUGAUGACUCUGCAAAUGAAAGGCAAGUGUCCGAGGAGAACUUACCGGAGACGGUAUCUGAAUCAGUGCCUGAAAACUUGGAACAAGAAGUUAUAAAAGAGUCAGACGCUGUGACCAAAGAGACUGAGAUGGAGGACAGUAUUGGAGAGACACUCAGGAAGAAACAAGAUGAAGCACCUGCUGGCAUCACUGAUGACUCUGCAAAAGACAGGCAAGUUUCUGAGGAGCUUAUACAAGCGACUGAUAUUGCAGAAGGUUUAGAUGUUUCUAUCCAUGAUCACAAAGUGGAUGUGGAGGAGACUAAAACUGAACAGGAAAAACCAGAAGGUGUCACAGCAGAAGAGGUGAAACCAUCAGAGACUCAAAUUGCACAAAUUGUUCCAAGUCCAAUUGUAACAGCCAGUAACACUGGAUUAGUAGUUCCCCAAAACACUGGGAUAAUCUCAUCAAUAGGUAAUGUGGAGUCCCCAUCAAGUCUUUCUUUAGAAUUCAAACUCAACAUACAGUUUGGGCAAGCCAAGGCACCAACUUCAUCACCACCACCUACAACAGAGAGAAAUGCACCUGUCAAACAGACAGAUGUGUCCGAGGUCGGAGUUCAGGCAGUAGAGGAAGUAGAACCUGUAAAUCCAACAGAAAUAACAAAUGGCCUGAAAAAGACGGAGCUAGCUGAGGUCUCUGUUCAGGCAACAGAAACCACAGAAUCAUCCGUAAUCAUGACUCAGCCGGUACUGCUAGAUGUCGGCGUCCAAGCGAUAGAACCUGUAAACACAGUAGAACAGAUUAAAUCAAGCGAGACAAUAACCUCCAGUGUGCAGGCAACAGAAACCAGAGAACCAGCAGAAAACUUAGAUUUAACAGAAAGAGCCUUGAUCCUGACCGAACCUUUACAGCUGGAUGUCGGCAGCCAAGCGAUGGAAACAGUGGAACCAGUGGAACAGAUCAAACCGACAGAGAGAGUAACCUCCACUGUGCAGGCAACGGAAGCAACUCAAGUGAGGCCAGCAGAGAAACGAGAACUGUUAUUAAGUCAGCCAGUACUCUUUGAGGCUUGUGACCAAGAAACAAAAGCAGAACAGCCCGUGAAACAAACAGAGGAGGAAAGCGAGCAGGAUGUGUGGAUGGAUGCUGAAGAAGUCAUCUACACUCAAGAAGAAACCGAGCAGUCCUUUGUCGAGGCGGAGGAACCUCAAGAACCUCAGACAGCAAGUGAGCCAGAGGAACAGGCAGGACCUGAGGUUGAAACUGCUCCUGAUUCAAAGACAGAGGCAGAGGAGAGUCAUCAGGAAAUGCACAAAACAGGAGGAACGUGUGAAAUCGAGAGUGAAGCUGAAGAUUUUGCUGUCGCUCCUGAGUAUCAAGAAGUUUCAGGUGCAAGCGUCUCUAAGAUGGAGUGGGAUUAAUCUGACUCAUGUUCAGUUUCACCAACACGUCGGGCAAUCACAAAGAGAGGAGAAGAAGAAGAAGAAGAAGUAACUUAAGUUCAUAAGAAGUUUUCAAAAAGCCAUUAGUGUGUGAGAAGCAUCACCUGGAAAAGUGCUAAUCUUCUCAGGGGAGUACAACAGUGAACUACAUCCAUUAUACAAUGGUUUCAAUAAAUCUAGUAGAUAAAAUAAGAGAAAAAGAGAAAAUUAAAUAAAAAUGGAAUAAGAUAAAUAACAGUCCUGAUAUAAUAACACUAUUUAAAGAUGAGAUUUGUGUGUAAAGUGUCUAACUAUUUAAGUAAUAAUUAUAUGAAUAUAUAAACACAAAAUAUUAAUAUAUAAAAAUGAGGAUGAGUGUAUACAGAAGUUCCAGGCGUUGGAUGAUCAGUCCUGGUGGGAUGUGUAGCCAUGCUUCUGUGUGUUUGUGUGCUGGGUGCCUUCUGGUGAAAGAUCCUUAAUGACCAGGAGUCUGUUACCAGUGAUGCGCUAUUUUUUAUUACUAAUCAUGUCAGGUCGCUCAUGAAUCAUGUUUGUUUGCAUCUCAAUCUCUUUCUUUCAAUGUAAAAACACGCGUGUGUACGUUUUCUUUUGCUUUUUCAGAAGCAACAUUAAUUCUCAACGUACACGACAUACAAGGAUGCUACUCGCCUAUCGGUAAAUGUAGAUAUUUCACAGCUUUUACUAUGUAUCAUCAACAAGUGUUUCGUUAUUUCACUUAAAUACAUGUUCCCAUGGGAUCUAUGCAGAGAGAAACAACAGGCAGACCUGAGCAUGCUAGUGUAACUGUAUAUUAUCUUGUAUAUAAUGACUGUUUUAAUGCUUACACGGGCAGAAAAUGUCCUCAUUUUGAACCUAAAAAGAAUUUCUACUCCGCCAAGUUUUCAAAAUAAGAGCAUGACGGCAGCAUGGUGCAGCUUUGUUUUUAAAGAAGUAAUAAUUUACACAGUAUUUUUUAAUUUAAUCUUCACAUAAAUAUUUAUCAAUAACAUAAUUAUAAUCAGCAGAGCCUUAAACUUCAACAAUCAUGGCAGCUUUACUUGUCUUGUUUUACUCCCCAGCUGUAAGCCUCAAUGAGCUCAAUAUCAACGAUACCAUACACUCUAAUCUAAAAAAAAAAAAGAGGUUGUUGUCUUCUUAAAAUUUUUUCAUAUAUACUGACUUUUCUGAAAAACUCUUCCUGGUCUGUGUAUAAGUGCACUAAUGACAAAAUGCAAAACAUAAAGCUGAGUUAUAUGUGUUUAUUUACAUAUAUAUAUUUACCAGUGUUUUAUUAAUAUAUUAUUUUAUUUGAAUAAAUUCAUAUUUGUAUGCAUUUCGUGUACUUGCAUUGCAAUUCUUUUAUACUGAAACUUCUGGUGAUCAUUCAUCAAGUUAUUGAAUCAUUCAACUGAAAAUGCACUACACAAACAAACCCAUUUAAAAAUCAUUUAAAAGAAAUAAUUUAUUGCAUCUCUUAUAACACAGCACUCACAGAUGGAGUCCUUCAGUAUUUUUCAUACUAAGAAAAUUCAUAGACUUUUGCACAAGAUGUAAAUGAGAUGACACAUAAAUCCAGCAUAAGAAAGUAAAAAAAAAAAUCAAAACAUUUCUGUGUGGUCUGAUCCCAAAAUUAAAAAAAUCAGACUGAUUUGUGUACAGACUUUGUAUGGGUGUAUUGUAUAUGUACGUGUUAUUGAAUUGUAAAUACUGGACAACAGUAAGACAUUCAAAAAUGUUUAGGUCCACGUCACUUCCAGAAAACAUCAUCACAUUUCACCGAUACCUUCUUAUAGUGCAGCUU